UAUGCAAACAGCAGCAUGCGGGCAAUUGCCGCGCAACCCCGUACCGGUGACUCCCACAACCGUUGACGGCCAGACAGUGGGAGUAAAAAUGCGCGGUUUCCACGUGGCGAUGCAAUCCGUUGGAAAGAAGAUGUGGAGGUGCCAACAUCAAAGCAACGGGGCAAGGUAGAAGAAGCCAAUAAGCUAGCUUGUAGAAGCAGCACUGUUGAAGCCAUGGCGUCAUCUCAACGACAACCACGGAUACAGUUCGCUUGGAGAUCGAUUCUGUUGUUGGCGGCAGUCAGUUUGCUGGUCGACGGCGUAACCUCCCGAUCGACAUUUUCUCCACUGGCUCCCUUUACAAGAAGCCUACGGCAACAACAACAACAACAACAACAAUCAGCAUGCCCACAAUACACAUCAACACUGCUACAGAGUGAUCGGUUUCGAGGAGGUGCUCUAGACGAUGAUGACGAAUAUGACGAAGAAUCAGAGGAUGAAAGCGAGUUUGAUGAGGACGAAGAAGAUGACGAAGAUUUGUUCGAUCUGGACGAGGGAGAUUUUGAAGAUGCCGAAGACGAAUUCGCCGAGGCUGGCUAUGUCGAAAGGGCACUGGAAUCUUGGAGUAAAACACCACCAUUAACCAAGGGGUACCUAUCGGCUAGUAUGGCCGCAACUGUUUUUGGAUUUGUCUUUCACAAGAACGAGUUCCCACCAUGGCUCUUGCUGGAAUGGAAACCCUUUUAUUCCAAGUUGCAACUCUGGCGACCCUUUACCACCUUUUUGAACUUUGGGCCACUGGGAUUGGGAUAUAUCUUGACAUUUCAAUUCGUGUGGCAAUACAUGAGUACGCUGGAACGACUGCAUCAUUCCACUCCCUAUGAUUUCUGGAUCAUGAUCCUGUUUGGACAACUCAGCAUGGUGAUUGGAUACCCCAUUCUCAAGUUGAGCCCCAGGUUUCUGGGGCACAAUCUUUCCACCUUUUUGGUCUACAUUUGGAGUCGCUUCCAUGAAGGAUUGGAUUGCAACUUGUUUGAACUAUUCAAUGCCAAGGCCGAGUUGUUGCCGUGGUUCUUUUUGGCACAGACAUUCUUGCUAGAGGGUGAACCUCCCAUCUUGGAUUUCUUGGGCAUUGUCUUUGGUCACGUCUAUUACCAUUUGAAUUCGGUGGGGACACUCAAGGCACCACCCGCUCUGCUGGCAUGGUACAAGGGAGACUCUGGCUUUGCCAAGGACUUGAGAAGCAAAUAUGCUGCCAUUGGACAAGACUUUGAAUUGGUGGCAGACGAUGCUGAUGCAUAAUAAAUGGAACAGUAGUAGUGCCUUGUAUCGUCCCGGUACUGGUAGCAUGGAUCCUCUACAAUAAGCUUGUGCUGGCAAAGAAGGAACCCAUGGCAUCUUUUUUGUCACCUUGACAUCGAGUUGUCUGGUCGAUACGCUUGACUGGAACUCAAAUUUACGCACUAACCUAGGCUGUAGCUAGCUGGUUGUUAUGGCUAAGUUUGGAACAUGUAUGGAAGGUCUAGUAUCUAAAUGCUAUAGGAGUCUAUGAUCUAGGUUUCGC